CUUGACUUUCUACCGAAGGCCCGACAACUUCGAAAUUGCUUCCAGUCAACGUUCAUCGUGAGCUCGCCCUGGUUGCGUAUUCCUCAAUUGGCAGCACUAGUCAUCAUGAACACUCUCCGCGUCGCUCGCGCAGCCCUCAGGGCUCGUCCCGCAACUAUGCGGCUACCCAUUCAGCCCCUUCAGCGAAGGACCUACGCUGAAGCCGUAUCCGACAAGAUCAAGCUGAGCUUAUCCCUCCCUCACCAGUCUAUAUACAAGUCCCAAGAUGUUGUCCAAGUCAACAUCCCCGCCGAGUCUGGAGAAAUGGGUGUACUUGCCAACCACGUGCCAUCAAUUGAGCAACUGAAGCCAGGUCUGGUCGAGGUCGUUGAGGAGAGCGGUAGCAGCAAGCAAUUCUUCCUCUCUGGUGGCUUUGCCGUCGUGCAGCCUAACUCGGUUUUGAGCAUCAACGCUGUCGAGGGCUUCCCCCUCGAGGACUUCAGCGCAGAAGCUGUCAAGGCCCAGAUCGCCGAAGCACAAAAGGUUGCGAACGGUGGCGGAAGUGAGCAGGACGUUGCAGAGGCCAAGAUUGAGCUAGAGGUUCUGGAGAGCCUGCAAGCUGUUCUCAAAUAGAUCAUACCUUAGAGGAGAGGGAGAGAAACCUCAAUGGCAAUCUGUAUAUCAUAAACAUGCUCCUUACUACCAAGACGCCUAAUAGCACGAAUUGAACAUGCUUAAAGGUCGACCACCCGUUCUGGCGCCUUCCUCUAUUCGUAUCAGUGCUUGCCUUUUUUAUCUCUUGCCUUACUCUUGCUUCCUUACUACUUCUUGUCGGGGGUUCAAAGUUAAAAUCAUAUAAUUUUCUAUACCAUCUAAGCUACCAUCUAAGUUUAUCCAGCUUCAGCUUAUAGCCCGUGUUCAACCUGAGCUCUCCAUAUCCCUAUUAACUAACGAUCGCCACGGGUAUAUCGAGUAUUGGUUAUUUUAUUAUAGUGGCAACUCCAUUGCCGUGGGCCAAUUCUUACUGUUAGUCAUAGAUUUUCAAAUCAACAUCUUAGCUCUCAAAA